CCUCGCCCAGCAGAGGCUGCGGGAGAGAGCGCGAUGGGCCGCGGUGGUGGGCGCACGUUCCGUGGGGACUCAUGCCACGCGCGUCCCGGCCCGACGCGCAAUUAGCAGCCACCUCCGCAGCCAGCCGCCACCGCCUCACCGCCCUCCCGGGCUGCUGCAGCGAGGAGCUUCUGCCGUCGCCUCGCGCAGGCUGCGGGCAUUGUCCUCCCGGUUCGCUGCCCGGGCUGCUGCCGCUGCCGCUGCGGACUGCUGCGGGGCCCGGACCCGCGCCCCAGGGACACGCCGCCGCCGGCCGGCCCGGCGCCCGGCCCCCGCUCGGUGGUUUCUGCCUUGCGUUCUUCUCUGGGCUACUCUCUCCUGGGUUUUUCCUGUGGAGCUGAGGAAGGGGAAAAGAAGUCCAGCAGCCAAGCCCAGCCUUCCCCGGCGCGCAGCCCCGUCGGGGCCGCGGCAGGCGCGGCGAGAGCGCUGACGGAGCCAUGAGAGAGUACAAAGUGGUGGUGCUGGGCUCGGGCGGCGUGGGCAAGUCCGCGCUCACGGUGCAGUUCGUGACGGGCUCCUUCAUCGAGAAGUACGACCCGACCAUCGAGGACUUCUACCGCAAGGAGAUUGAGGUGGACUCGUCGCCGUCGGUGCUGGAGAUCCUGGACACGGCGGGCACCGAGCAGUUCGCAUCUAUGCGGGACCUGUACAUCAAGAACGGCCAGGGCUUCAUCCUGGUCUACAGUCUCGUCAACCAGCAGAGCUUCCAGGACAUCAAGCCCAUGCGGGACCAGAUCAUCCGCGUGAAGCGGUACGAGCGCGUGCCCAUGAUCCUGGUGGGCAACAAGGUGGACCUGGAGGGCGAGCGCGAGGUCUCGUACGGCGAGGGCAAGGCCCUGGCUGAGGAGUGGAGCUGCCCCUUCAUGGAGACGUCGGCCAAAAACAAAGCCUCGGUAGACGAGCUGUUUGCGGAGAUCGUGCGGCAGAUGAACUACGCGGCGCAGCCCAACGGCGAUGAGGGCUGCUGCUCGGCCUGCGUGAUCCUCUGAGGCGGCUGCCGCGCGCCGGCCGCGCUCUGCGCACAAAAGCCAAACGCAUCCGACUCUCUAAAUGUGAUUUCUUUCUUGCUUUGAGAUUGGAGACCACUUUGCAUUGGGCAGGGUUUCUUGGGAGCCCUGCUGGCCUCCGCGGCCGGCGGCCCCUGCCUCCACCCUGUGCUUGAGGGGGUGUCCCGUCCUUCCCAGCCGAUACUCUGGUGGAAAUGUGGCUCUUUGCAGCAUGUACGUUUCUCCCUGAUUUUGGUUGAUGCAUAUUUCCCCGUUUAAGUAGCCGUUAGGGCGCAGUAUCGGCAGCCUGACACCCACCAAGCAAAAGUUUCAGCCUGGGGGAAAAAAACCGGGGGGAGGUGUGGAGGAAAAGGAGGGGGAGAAGGUAGAAAGGGUUUUUCUUUUCUUUUUUCUUUUUUUGGUCAACAACCGUUUUUCUAGUUUCAAGUUUUAAAUACAUGGAAGGAAGUCCGGGAGAACCACAUGAAGGAGCAGGAGAGGAAGAAACUUUUGUUUUUUCCUUGUUUUCCAGGAGUAGCUGGAAAUUAAGAUCGGGUUCCUUUUCUGCCAGCUUGGAAGGGCAACCCCAUGACUGAUUGCGAUUCUGAGGAUGUCUAUGCAAAGUUGGAUUCUUGUUACAGUGUAUCCAAUCUGAAGUAUUGCACAUCUGAACUGGGACUGUUAACACUGAUGCCAAUACAGUGUGGGGUGCCAGAAAGUGUCUGCUGAUAUUUGUGGAAAAAAAAAAUCUAUUUUGUUUACCUACUGUAUCAAAGGGGAAUCUGGGGGAGAACGGUAGUAUUUUUUUUUAAUCAGCUGUGAAAAAAAUGUUACAGAUCUGCACAUUUUCGUGUGUACUAUGGUAUGUGUGUGGUGUGUAUGUGUGGUGUGUGUGUAUGUGUAUGAGUUUAGCCUUUUUGUUUUUGUUUUUUGGUUGGCAGUAACCGAUUUUAAUGACUAGCUUUUUAAAAUACAGUACAAAGACUUUGUAAAUGUGAUUCAGGGCCCCCAGCACCCCUGUGUCUGCAGAGUGCCUUCAAAACUCAGCUGUUCCAGCCGGUGCCAACCUGUGAACUUCCCACCAUAUCCCACAAUCUGCUAUUCCCCCAAACCACUUCCCAGUUUCCUUUCAGUAAUCUUUCUGAAGGAGCCAGGACAAUAGGGCCUGUUGUUUAGUGAAUUUCUUUAUUAUUUUCAGCCUUUAAAAUGUAAUUUCCAUCUUUUGCAAUGAAUUUGUUUUUUUUUUUUUUUUGCUUCAUUUUGUUUAAAUUUUCAGGUAUCUAGCUCCCCUUUUAUAUUAUUUUUAAUUUUUUUAUUACCUGUUAUAGGGUGUUCCUCCAGAAGCAAAGAGCAAAAUUUUACUGUUGUGAUGUACCAAUUCUAACUAAUUGUAAUUUUUAAUUUCAUGCGUUUAAUCAUUGUCUCUUCAUUUUAAGACUUUUAAUACAAAUGUCAUUUUUAAAGAAACAAAUCCAAAACUAUUGUUUGUGUUUCUGUGUUUCAUAUUCAGUGAUUAAUACAGUAUCAUAGCUGAGGUGGAUGGGGUAGGUGCAAGAUACUCUCCAGAGCUAUUUGUCAAAUUUUGAAGACAGAAGUGUCUCAGUGAUAAGUUGGAUGACAUUACUCCCAACUUCUUAAGUUUGGAGAAAAUCAUCAAGGUCAAGGAAGCCCUGGGUAUGGCCAUUCCCAUCUGAUUAGAAGAUGAACAGGUAUUUUGAAUCUGAUCUGACAUGGAACAGUUUACCUCAUUGUGGGUAGGGAACAAGAGAACUCAGCUAUUAAUAUUGCCUUAGAUCUGGGAAAGUAACCAUCCAUCUGGCAAAGUAGGAUGGCACUUUUAAUUUUUUUCUUCCUUUUUUCCCCCAUUUAUAUUACAUGUCAUGUCAAAAAUGUAUUUGGGAAAGAUGGUUUUCAAUUCUGAAGUCAUACCUAGUGAUGUUUUUUGCAGUACAUUUGAAUGGGUUGUAGACACUUGUCUAAACCCUUUUGAGAUUUUGUUUUGGAAAUAGAUUUAAAAGAAAACAGCCUAAGAUAACAUUGUUUUUCUCAUUUACACCCUUCAGUUUGUGGACCAUAUUUGACCUCAUGAGUUUUUCCUUUUAACAGUAGGAGGCAGUGUGAGCUUUUUAUUUUUCUUAAGGUGGUCUUAGUAAUAUAACUACUAUAUAUGUUCAUACAUAUCAAGAAACUGAGUACUUGGUCUAUGAAAUCUGAAGUCUUGACAAAGGGAUUUAUUCCCUUGACAAAACCAAAAGAAAUUAACAGGCCACAGGUUUCUUUAAAGCUGUGUUAACAUAUCUUGCCUUAAAAUGUGUGUGUGUGUGUUUGCUUUUCUUUUAAUUUCUUAUUUUCUUUUUGCCCAAGAGGCAUCUCGUUACUCCAGCAAUGGAGGAAGAAUAGAGAAUUUUUCCUGGUGAUGGUCCUACUGCCAUUUCUUCCCCCCAUUCUGAUCUCACUUAAGUUUGAUAUCAAACACAGUUGGGAGGCAAUAGUAUCAAUAUUCUAAAUGUAGAAAUUAAAAGAUACUGUAUAAAUUUAUGCCUUUGCAAAGAUUCAUUCUUGUAUUUGAAUAAAUUUAGUUGCUAAAGUAGAUCCAAAGUAUUGAGAAUGCUGAAGUCAUGUCAAGUACUGUCUGGAGGGUUUUUUAAGAAAAGGCAUUUGGCAUUUAACUGUCCUUUGUUUUAUUUUUAAUUCUUUGGAAACCUUUUGACAUAAAAGGAUGCCAAGUAUCUAAGAAAUGUAUAUACUGACAGGAAAUAUUUGAAAGUGGAAAAUUGGAAAUGAAAUAGGUUGCUGGGUGCAUUAAUCACCUUCACACAGGAUUUAGUCAUUUGCAUGACUUCUUUAUAGGUCUAGGAUGGCAGAGCAGAAGAUUUUAAUAUGCUUUUUACUAAGUACUGUAAAAUAAAUGCUUUUUCGAUUCUCAGUGAAAGCAAUUUUACAUGUGCCUGAAGCAAGAAAAUAGUGUUUUUGGUUUUAUUCCCUAUUUUCUUGGCAACAUUGAGAGAAAUUAGGAACAUUGCUGUUUUUUUCUUAAAAAUGUUUUUAGGAAUAUGUUAGUUUCUUUGCCUUUCUUUUGGUAUUAGGGUGUGAAGAGAUUAGAGGAUUUGUUUCGAUGAAAAAGUGUUAAAGGAAGUGAGUCAGGGAGGGCGGAGUUUGUUGUAAGGCAAUCACCUGUCAAAACAGAAAUUGGGUGGGAAUGGAGUCUUUAUCUUGGGGAGCAAAAGCUGACUUAAACUUGACCCCUGCUGUUUUUAAACAGCUUUUCCGUUUGGUCUCUGACAGUCAACCCAGGUUUUAUGUUAUGUCAAAAGGGUUAUUUUUGACUUCCUUUUUUAAUACCCUCAGGAAAGUUAAAGGUAUCAUCUUAGGUCUAACACUCUAGUUUUUGCCAGUUGUGGUUAUUUGGUAGAACAAUUUCCAUGUUGGUAACUCUUAUAGACUUCAUUGAAUCACAUUUGGGGACCAGAUGUAUUUGGGGAUAGAAUUCUUUAAAUUUAUGAGACUUCAUGCUUCCUGAUCACUUACUAUUUCCUGUGGUUGGGAAUCCUAGAAUCCCUGAUCCAUUUGAUCUGUUAAGGUAGUUUUGUCAUUGUACCCUCUUUUGGGUCAUAUUCUACUAUUUCUCACAGGGGGUAUCAGAAACAAAGCUAUAUGUAGCAGUUAGUCUUGAGAAGUAGAUACACUUUCACUGUCCUAAAAGCAUAGUUUGUUUUUUUUUUUUUUCACAACAGCUGGAAAAAGUUUCUGCAUUAUAAAUAUAAAGGGAACCGAGAUUUAAUUUGGAGAUCAUCACUGUUAAAAUGGUAUCAAACAUUUGUCACAGUGUCUUACUUGGGGAAAGUUUGCUAAUACAAGUUUUGUCUGAAAAUUUAGUAAAUUUUAAAAUACUAAUAGAACGUGGUAUUCUUGGUUACAGUAUUUUAUGCAGACUAUUAGGGAUGAUUCAAUGCAUUUAAUUGAACAUAGUGCUAGUUCUAGGUGAGAUCUUUGUUAACUGGAUUUUGAAAGUUUGAGAAGGCUACAGGAAACAUCUAGUCCAAAGGUUCUCAAACUUGACCACAUAUCAAAAUCACCUGGAGCUUAACACAUGUACUGCUGGGACCCUCCUCCAGUUUCUUAUCCAGUGGGUCUUGGGUAGGGUCUCAAUUUUCAUUUCUAACAAGUUUCCAAGUGAUUGUGAUAUUGCUGUUCCAAGGACCACACUUUGAAAACCAGUGAUCUAGACUGAACUCCGAAUGAGUGCUAUGCUACUGAGAGCCACCUAGAUAUUUAGAGACACAGACUUAAUACUCACGUCACACGUUUUGGAGUGCUGUCUACUACAGUUAGAGAAUAAUCUCUUGAAAUCUACAGCUGAAGAGGACAUACAUCAUUUAUACUAAGACCAUUUAUUGUGUGUGAAAUAGAGUAAACAUUGUGGGUAGCUUUUGAUCAUUUUCACAUUAUUAUGGGAACAUUUUGACUAUGGUUUUCAAUGUUAAUUCAGAAGUUGACUUUAAAUGAGGUUAGAAUAGGAGUGUAGCCUAAGUGAUCAGAAUCAACAUUCCCCUUCUCCCCCCCCCCCCCGCCCCCACGGAGGGAAAACAGCUCCCAAAUUUGGAAAGUAUAUUUUCAAUAAAAGGGAACACUUUAAAGUAUUUGUCUUCUCUUUAGGUCAAUGUUAAAAAACAAAGAUUUUAACUUUUCAUGGCAAGGGUUCUAAAAAUCAUUGUAUUAGAGAGUUUAAAUCUUCAGGUCGUGGUAAGUGCAUGUGUAUGUCUGUGGCUCAGUUUCUUAGCCAGACUUCCAGGUAUGAGUUAAUUCCUUCUCAAUUAGUUCUGUAGUUGCUUCUGGGAAGUUGCAUACCACAGAACUGUGUACCUUGCAGCUUCUUUUGUUAUGCAUCUUAAUUCCCUCAGAAGCUCCCAGAAUUUAAGAUCUGGUUUUCAAGAUAGUUUGGGGGGCUUCUAAAGAAACAAUAGUAGAUCUAAUUACAAGUAGUAGAUUGCUCACUUCAAAUUUCUCAUUUACAAUUUGCAAAACUGGUUUAGUACCAAUUUAUAGACCAAGGGAGUAAUAGCUACUAUUUAGAUGCCACGAAUAAUGUCAUCAUGCUUAGGUGGGGAAGAAAGGACCUUACUCAAAUCUCCAUUUUCAUUUUUAAUGCUUCCUGGACUUCAGUUAUUUUCUUGCUUUUGCCUCAAGAAUAAUAAUAAAUAUUUUUGGUGAAAAUAUA